AUGGAAACUAUGGUUAAAUAUAGGAAGAAAUGGCAAGAAUGUGGACGAAUAGUUGGUAAUAACUUUAAAAAACAACGCGAGCAUGUACAUGACGUAUUCUACAGUAUGGCUGCAAAAGAAAAAUUGAGCAGAGAUGAAUUCAAAAACAUCCUACAUGACAUUAGAGAUUCAUGGAAAGAAGUCACCACUAAGACAGAAGGCGAAUGUAUAGCUCUUCUUGAAGAACCAGUUGUCUCAGAAGUCAAAUUCUAUAUUCAUACGGGCUCAAGAUAUACUGCUAAGGGUCCAGGGUAUAUUAUAAAAGGGUUCUUUACUGCUGAGACUGAGCCUUGGGGUCAAUAUACUGCUAAGGGUCCAGGGUAUAUUAUAAAAGGGUUCUUUACUGCUGAGACUGAGCCUUGGGGUCAGAGUUACAUGGUUUAG